AUGGAAGAAACUUUCAAGUUAGUGCAGCUCUAUAUCUCCUCCCACCAAACACCUAACCAGAGCUCCCUACUUACCUUUGGAGGGAUUGCUGUAGGUAGAAUAUGCUACGAAAGCUGUAGAAAAUGGUGGAACAGCUAUCGGAAUCCGUUGUAAAGAUGGUGUCGUCCUGGCUGUUGAGAAAUUAAUUGGGAGCAAACUUUUGGUUCCGGGAAGCAACAAGAGGAUCGCCAGUGUUGAUAACCAUAUCGGAAUUGUGAGACCUCCCCUUUCCCCGCCAGCCUCCCGUCAGAACUGACGAACGAAAUCCCACAGGCUUGUUCUGGUCUUGUCCCAGAUGCUCGUCACUUUACCUCUCGUGCUCGCAGCGAAGCAUCCAAUUGGCGCAAGCUCUACCGUAGCCCGAUUCCGAUCCCCAGCAUGGCGGACGCAAUGGGUGGUUAUGCCCAGGCAUAUACUCUUUACUCUAGUGUGAGACCGUUUGGUGUUACUGCCAUCAUUGGUGGCAUGGAUGAAGCUGGGGGGCCGGGAUUGUGGAUGGUAGAGCCGAGCGGCGUUGGCUGGGUACGAGACAUUUCCCUGUUUAAAUCUACUCAACAGCCUUGGGCUCCCAAAUUGAUGCCCAAGGUCACACCCAUCUCACAAUACUGACACCCGUUCUAACACAGGGCUACUUUGGAGCCGCAACCGGUCGAGGUCGCCAAGCUGCUAAGGCCGAGUUGGAGAAACUGCCCCUGCCCAACAUCACCGUUGAGGAGGCUGUUAAACAGGCGGCUAGGAUCAUCUACUUUGCCCACGACGACAACUCAAAAGACAAGGAUUUCGAGUUGGAGAUGACGUGGGUUAGACUCGAGGAGGGUACGGCUGAGGGACUCGAGGAGGGCGUCGCUGCCAAAGGAUGGGGGAAACAUGAGGAGGUCCCAAAGGAGUUGGUUGCCGAGGCCGAGAGACUCGCCAAAGAGAGCAUGGAGGGGGGUGGGGAUGAGGAAAUGGAGGAGUAGAAUGGGGUGCACUGCGUUUCACAUACUUUUCCACCUGAGGCCCUUUAGAAUCAAGAAGCUGGCGAUGCUCGCCCAACCAAAAAUUCGGAUGUUUUUCCAGUCGCCGAGAAGUGAUUACCAAUCCGGCACCGAGCCGACUUACUGGGGAGAAUAUGUAAAGUUUUUUUUUUUUUUUUUUUUGUUUUCCUCCCCUCCUUUCCUUUUUUUCCCCUUCGUCGAAUCCCUUAAUUGUUCAGGGAUACAAGUACCGGUACAACUUCUGUAUGGAGAGAGCCGCUAGGUUAUGACAUAAUAUCCCAAGGAAGAGCACAUGGUCUGACCUUGGAUUAUGUACUAGUACUUGUACGGUACGAUGGUAGAUGCGGACCCGUUGCAGCGCAAAACCAGAGGGUCACAAACGAAGGGCCGGGAAGUUUACCGGAAACUGAUAUACGGUAGAUUACAGUGUGCCAUAAAGUGGGGAAAAAUUACUGCACACUAUGAUAAUACAUGUAGUACGGUAAAUAAAACAUGCUGCAUGUUCUAUACCUUCCGCCUCCGAUCAGUUAGGGUAUGGUCCAUCAAUCAACAUCCAUUCUCCCCUCUCGCAUCUCCUUCCUCCUUUGGUUUUUAACCAAGCCCCUGAAUUGGGUUUCUAGAGUCUUAAUAAUCCUAGCCAAAUCAUCCCUGGUGAUAGCCAGCAGAUCCGCUCCAGCCUGUAGCAGAGUCUGCUGCUCAACAGGCAACUCGGCUUGAAUCGAGUGCCAAAGGUACUGAUCUCCCGGCCUGGUC